GUGGUUAUAAACAAACUAGAAAUUAGAAAAAAAUAUAAAUUAAUUUAAAAAAAAGGAUCCAGGCAAGAUGGAAGGAUGCAGAUUAUGUUUAAAGAAUUCAGAGAACCUAUUUUAUAUAUAUGAGUAUAAGAACAAAAGAUUAAUAUCGGAGAUGAUUGUAGAAGUUAUUCCAGAAAUUAAGGAAGUGAUUUGUGAAUUUAAUGACCAAAUGAGCUGUUUUGUAUGUUAUGACUGCUUCGAAGUUAUCGUAAAGGCAAUAGAAUUGCGUAGAUAUAGCAUUGAUAACAAUAAAAGUCAAAGAAUUGACAAGAAGCCAAUUUUACAAAGUAUAAAAAUUGAAAAGGAAGAAUCUGAGGAUGAAGACUACGACCAUUUUCAUCUACAGAAUGUAUCCGUUGUCAUUGAUAGAUUGUCAGAUAAUGAUGAAGAGCCAUUUAUGGAACAUAACAAGUCUUCAAGACGCAGUAGAUCUGAAAAACGAGCAGCAGCUAGAAGAGCUGUUCAAACAAAGCAGGAAUACAGCGAUGAAUCGAUGGAUGAUGAAGAAAUUUAUAGACGAGAAACAUCCAGUAGAAGGAGCAUUAAGAGGGAGAAAGAGAAAGGAUGUCUUUACUGUCGGAAAACAUUUAUAUCCAAUAAUCUUUUAAGAUAUCACUACGACUUUGAGCAUGACGAUAAAAAGUUACAGUUUGGGUGUAAGGAAUGCAAUAAAAGAUUCCUAGAAGAGGACUUGUUCACAAAACAUGUAUUUCUGGAGCAUCAAAUUGAGUUGAACUCUGAGGAUGUUUUAGAUUACGCGAUGCGUGUUAAGCAAGAAAAGAAUAAUUAUGAAUGUGAAAUUUGCAUGGAAAAGUUCAAGACUAAAUCGAAAAUUGAGCAUCACAUUGUGCUGGAUCACUUGAGAGACUCUGAUGUAAAGAAUAAAUCAUGUUCUAUUUGUAUGGAAACAUAUGAUGAUGAAGAUUCUGUCAGGAAACAUUACGAAAUUGUCCAUAAGAAUGAGAAACGAACUUAUUCGUGCAAUAAAUGCUUCGAGACAUUCACAAAUGAGUAUCGUUUGAGACGACACAGAAAAGAUAUUCAUGGAGUUUUACCUAAAAUCUGUAACAUCUGUAAUGCUGAAUUUUCGACAAAACGCGAAUUUAAUCUUCAUCAGUAUUUGCAUUGUGACUAUUUAGCUGAAAAUAGAGAUCCAGUUAAGUUUGAAUGCAUUCUCUGUUCAUUCUAUACAUACGAUCAAAAUGAACUCUAUGAUCAUCUUCCUUUCCACACUAAAGAUUUCGAUCAGGACGAGAGAUUAAUUGUGUGUAUUAACUGCAAUACAGUUGUUAAGAAUUUCGAAUGUCUACACUCUCAUACAGGAGAUCAUAAUGAAUUUUUGACACAUGAAUGUCUAAAAUGUAACAAAAAGUUCGCUAUGGGCUCUAAAUUACUAAAGCAUUUGAUGAGACAUGAUGAAUCCACCCUUUUGAGAUGUCCUCAUUCUGAUUGCAAUUUCUCAACAUUAGAAAAGUAUUCGCUGGACAUUCACGUUAAGCAUAAGCAUGAAAAUAUUGUUCUUCAUCUCUGUCAAAUCUGCGGGACAUCAUUCAGUGAACGAGCUAGCUUGAAAAAUCACAUCACAAAUGUCCACGAAACUGAGAAUAAACUGUAUAAAUGCAACUUGUGUCCAAUGACAUUCAGAAUACCGUCACAUUUGAGGAAUCAUCAGUCUGUACAUUCUAAUGAGUAUACUUUUCCUUGCGACUUUCCUGGAUGUCCAAAAAUAUUCAAGGCAAAGCGAAAUCUCUUGCGGCAUAAAGUUUUUCAUGAUCCUAGCAAGUUAAACUACAAAUAUCACUGUUGUUUCGAAGGAUGUGGCAAGAAGUUCCUCAAAAAUGACGGCCUUAAACGUCACAUGCUCACUCACACUAAAAUUAAGCCACACGAAUGUACUUUUGAAGGAUGUGAUCGUGCAUUUUCUCAAUCAAAUGAUUUGUUUAAACAUUUAAGACAGCAUUAUGGACAUGACAGAGUUCACUUCUGCAAGUAUGACAAUUGUGGAGAAUCCUUCCGUUUAAAGGCAGAAUUGCGCUUGCAUGAAGCCAUUCAUUAUAAGGCAUGAAUUGUUUGUCAUAGUUUAAUUUAAUCUGAUUAUACAAUAAAUAAAAUGAUUUAGACUUAGAUUACGG